GUCUAACUCUUUGGUCUAACUAUUCGUUCAUCCCAAGCGUGGAUAACGUGGAAGCUGGCGUGUCUUGGGUGGAUUACGCGGUUGAAGUACGAGGGUUACGAAGAUGGCUGCGAGUGUUUAAAAAUAGUCGUGUCCUACCUGAAAACUUUUUGGCAAAGACAGGCUGCACGAGUUUUUGAACUAAAUUAGUAAUCGGAGGUACACAACGUUCACUCACGGAAUAAUAUGGCUUCGAAAUUAACCGCAUCUCAGGCCUUGGGCACAGAUGGUACUGAUUUUUUACACAGACAACGAAUCGCCGCACAGUAUCAAUUCAGCGCAAUGAAUAAGUCCAGAUUAAAGUAUUGUAUAUUUUUCCACUAUUUACUAUUUUUUGUAAUGCUGGCUAAAUUAUCCGCUGACAUACUUGAUCACUUGGAUAUAUUUGUGUUGGAAAUUGAAGAGCUACAAAUACCACAGCCUCUUUGGUGGGAAUACAUAUGGUGCGCAAGCUUAUUACUUUCAUUUUUAGCCUUAUCUGCCAUACGCUACAAUAGGAUUAAGACAAUACAGAGGUAUAUGUUUGGAAUCGUGGUACUUGGUUACGGACCACUCAUCUAUGGUGUAGUCUACUACUUCAAGGAUGUCUGGACUUAUUUGACUAAAAACGACAAAGAAAAUAUACAACUUUGGCAGGGAAUGCCAUAUGGAUUAUUAUGGUACGCGUUUCUGCUUCUUGCAUCUCAAGUACAUUUCUUUUCGUUAUACUUUUCCUGGAAUCUCCAGUCAGCUUGGAAAGCUCGUGGAUCGAGAAAAACCGAGUAAAGAUAUGUUCAAGGAGUUCCAGUGAGUACGAAAAAAAGGGAAAGUGAAGGAUUUGGCAGAAGAAAGUGCGAUGAAGA